AUGCAGUUGAAACAGCAGAUUUGUGAGGCUUUGAUGGUUUUUUGUUCGCGGACACUCGACGCGAGGUUUGCCCGGCCUGUCAUUCCAAGACGUAAGCGGCGGAACUUCAACAAGGAGGCGACAGAUGUGUUGAAUGAGUACUUCCACAGCAAUCUGACCAAUCCUUACCCAGAUGAGGAGGCCAAGCUCGCCUUGUCCAAGAAAUGUGGUAUUUCAGUGUCCCAGGUGAGUGUGGGUGGGAUAGUGCAGGUGUCUAAUUGGUUUGGAAAUAAGCGAAUUCGGUUUAAGAAGAACGUGAUGAAGCAUGGAGCUACUCAUCAGCCUGUUCAAAGAAGCAGACAUCUCCUGGACAGCAAAUGA